UCCGUAUAAAACUUGGCUAUUCCAGCAAGGACAUCCAGUCAUGCACUAGCUAUAAACCUAGCCAUUGCCAUGGGCUGUCUCCCAUAGCUUCCUCUCCACACGUGAGGUAGACUGGCACGUUUUGCUGCUUACGAAGGACGCGCAUCCGCGAUGUUUGAUACUUUACCAACCCACGCGAUUGAAUCCUUCGAUCAAGGACAGGAAGACUCCGCCAACGUUCAAACAACCAUCUUUAGUAUCAUGCCGCGAACUAAACAGCAUCCUAACCGUCCAUCAGGCCCUGGAGUUGUGUUGCGCAUGUCAUCUGGCCGAUAUGCCGGCGAGUUGGCCGGAGAUAUGAAUGCAAAGGCAGAGCAGAGACAGGGGGUUGUGGUUAGACUCGAGGGAGAAUUGUCGAUGCUUUCGGAGAUUCGGUUUGCAAAACUCCUCGCAUCUGCACGUUCGCCAAAACCACAAAAAACAACAACGGCAAAGUCUGCCUCAGUAUCCACACCAGCAUCCCCGGGGCGCUUUGCGGUUAAAAACAGUCACUCACGCAAACGGUCUCCUUCCGUCAUUGCACGUGCGGCCGAAGGUCACCAAAGUUCGGCCAGCGGCACCGAGAGUGGUGAUUCGGUCAUCCCUCAAACACCUGUAAAGAAGCGACGAGUGAAUAUAGGAGGUAUGGCGACAAUUUUCAUGCCUACGUCCCAACCGUCAACGCCCCCAUCACGUAUACAACGCACCCCAACAACCCGAUCUGCUGUCCUCUCUCCGCCCACAUCUCCCUUGCAGUACACUGAAAAUAUCGCUCUCCGACCUCUAUCAUCGUCGCCCACGGCAUCAGCAUCGGCGGCGAGAAAGGGAAAAGGGCGGGCGAGCGAGUGGUGAGAUCACGGCUGAGAGAACCCGAUAGAUGGACUUUUUUCCUUUGGUUUUCAGUCUUAGAGAUGAGAAAUAGUGGGAUAGAUAUUGAGCAAUGUGUUCGUACAGUGUGUGUUGUUGUGGUACGUUGUAAUGGAAUCGGGACAGUAGGUUCC